UUGCCGUUCAUUUAACCGAUGUUUGCAUUUGUAUGACCUCUAGCUUUGUGUCGAUCACUGAAGACCACAUCUCCGGUAAAUAAUGGCAAACUUGUUGUUCACUUCCGGUUGUCAAAUGGGUUUAAGCCGAGCGCUGCUGUUGAGAGGGCAGUCGAUUCGGCCCGUAUUGAGUGCCAUCAACACCACGUCUAGUCCUGUGAACGGGCAGACAGUGAGCGCCAACGAGAGACCUAUGGUUGCGAUGCAAUUGUUGCGUAAACUGCACUCGACUGCCGUUCAGCGCGAUAUCGACAGUGCGGCCAAAUUCAUCGGCGCCGGAGCGGCCACUGUUGGAGUGGCGGGCAGUGGGGCCGGCAUUGGUUCGGUGUUCGGCUCAUUGAUCAUCGGUUACGCCCGAAACCCGUCCCUAAAACAGCAACUCUUCUCAUACGCUAUUCUGGGGUUCGCUCUCUCGGAAGCGAUGGGUCUCUUCUGUCUUAUGAUGGCUUUCCUCCUACUCUUCGCCUUCUAAUGAAUUCAUUACAUAUUAAUUAUGUCUAAUAAUAAUAAUUUAGUUUUACUUUUAUUGAAUUGUCGACUAAUUUUGACGACUCGUUAAUUGAUUUGCAAUUUUGAUUAUAUUAUGAUUUUAUUAUAAUUAUUAUUAUUGAAUAGAAAUACUUAGGAUUACAUCAAAAAUGUCAAAAUUUGUUUCAAAUUGUAAUAAAUUUUAGUCGAAAAGUUGA